UUCAUCAAUCAAUCGUUGGUAUCAUCAUAAAACCAAUCAUCCACUAACAUCUAAUUUAAUGGCCGCCUACCUGUGAUCCGAAGCCUGUGGGACUUGUGGCCUUUGAAUGAAAUGGAUCAGAUAUGUAUAAACUUGAAAUUCUACUGGCAAAUGGUCUAUUCAUAAACCUUACUUCAAUUCUAAUGGAGACAACCCAAAAUGGAAGGUGUCCUUUCCAAACGUAUUCACAAUCCUGAUUCAUACCAUAAUGGUAUUAAGGACACACAAGUCAAGGCUGAAGAAAAGAUUUGGAAUGAAAGUGAAGCGGUUUCAAAUAGUAACUCACCACCAUGUGUGAUGCAAGAAAAAUGCGCAACUUUCAACAACUUUCAAAAUACAACCUCUUCCUCAAGUAGUCAUACACAUUUAUUUAAUGGCUCUGAGGAUUUAGAAGAACAACUUUUACACUCUAUCAGGCCAGAUAGCAAGAUAGUUGUUAAUGAUUUGCUUGAAAAAAUUAGGCAACUAUCUCUACUCCAAAAAAUGUUGUUAUAUCUAAAACUGCCUCCCUCUACUGAUGAUCCUGACUGCAUAGAUCCGCUACGCAAACCAUUGAAUCCAUUGGGAAACCGGUUAGAAGUCAGCCAAGCUCUAGCUUACAUCAAAUCUCACUUCCUCCCUGAUCCAGAUGUAUCUCUUCCUAAAAAGGAUAUUUACAAUGAAUAUACGAUUUAUUGCCUCAGGAGAAAGACAAAGCCUUUGUCAACUGCUGACUUCGGAAAAGCCAUGAAACAAGUGUAUCCCGUGGUACGGCCUCGCAGGUUGGGGGAACGUGGCAACUCACGCUACUGUUACUCAGGCCUCCGCAACAGAGAUCAUCUCAGCAAGCCAAACACACCACAGUUCCCCAACUGUCAGGUCCGAGAUGAUGUUUCCAGCAAGAUUUGCACUUGGGCAUCAACAAUUUUAAAAACUCAAGUUAAAAAUCUGACAGAAUUAAGCAGCAUAAUAUCAUCUAAUCCUGUUAGCAUCCAAUCAGAACAUGUUCAAGAUUCGGGCAAUGAAGUUCUUCAAGAAAGAUUUCUAAAGGGACUUGCAGACAGGAAGCGCAAAUUUAAGGUUGAUGAUAAAGAAGCAUCUCUAUCAAAGUCUGCAAAGAAAAAGAAAACUUCAAACUUUUUUAAAUGUAAAAGUGAAAAAAGUUUUGGUAAGAAAGGUUUAAAAUUGUUAAAAGAUCCCACAAGUGCUCAAAGUCCACAAGAUUCCACUGUGGCUGCCAAUAGUGAUACAAGCAAUAUCUGUGAUAUCAAUAACCAAAAGCAGAUUAAUGUUGAUACAAUAGAAAUCAAGAAUUCCCAUAUUAACUGCUUUGAUCUCAAAUCUGAACAAAGUACAAAUUUAGACAAAAAGAUUAAACUUAAUGGUAACAAAUCAGCAUCUGUAAAAAUGACGCAGAUAUCAAAGAAAAAUAGUGAUACCAGCAGAGUAAUCAGGCAUAAACUUAGAAAGUCAUCCGAAGUAAGCAAUCUACCAGCUCCCACCGAAGAUAAUUUUGGUAUAGCUUCAAUAGAGGAGGAACCAUUGCUAGAAGUUAAAUCUAGCAUGAAAGAGGUAUCAAGAAAGGAGAAAGCAGGCAAUAGUUUAAACUUUUCUGGAAAACCUUCACUAUCUAAUGAUAGUAGACAGCUAAAUGAUAACUUUAUUCGGAAUAUUAGUAUAAACAUUGACAUCAGUGAUACACAGGAUUGUGAUCAGAAUGAUAUAUAUAAUGAUGAUUUAGGCUACUUAACUACUGAAAGCUUGCAUGACUUCUUGCAAGAUGAAGGUAACUCUCAGGAACCAGAAGAAGAGCUACUUAAAUAUUUUAAAGAUCCUGUAAAGUCAGAACAAAAAGAAUACAAUGACAAGAACAUUUCUCAGCUGAGACUGCUCUUAGAACAGAAUAUAUCAGAAGAGGCUAUUGGAAAAUUUCGCUGCCAGUCAUCCAGCUUUAGUGAAGAAGAACUUUCAAAAACUACACAAGUAGAUUUAAAUAACUACCUUAUGUCCUCAAUUCAAAAAAACUUAAUGCAACCUGCACAAAAAUCGGUAUUUACUGCUGCGCUCACCAACAAUAAUUGCAAGAGACGUGUAAGUUUUGAAAACAACAUUCCUGAUUCAUUUCCUCAAAGCCCAAACAUUUACAGGAAAAACUUUAGUUUCACUCCAAUUUCACCAAGACCUCCUACAAUAUCAAAAUCAAAUAUGAACUUGAGUCCCUUUGUUUUUCCUCGUGAUACAGUUUUUCGAGGUAAGCUCUCCACAACAAAUUUUAAUGGUAAUUCUCAAACCCAGCCAGCUCCUAGCCCAGUUCUCCAAACUGCUCUUGUGCAAAUGUCCACGUUAAAAAGUUUGUCUCGAUCAACAUCGCUCUCCAGCACACCUUCUCCAGUCAUCAACAACUGUUCUUCAUCAUCCAAUAAUACUGUCCUCAAGGGCAGAUCCACACCUCAGGAUACAAAUCAAGAACAGCUAGAAUCUCUCAAAUAUAGUCCUUUGAUUUCACCAAGUUCCUCGUCUGGUGUUUUCCUUUCACCAGCUUCACCCAUGUCUUCUUGUAAUUCUCCAGUGUUUAGUUUCCGAAAAAGUAUGUCCCCUGUCAAACUGCCAGAUGACACUAAAUCAGUGGCAAAGCCCACCUCAUCUCUUUUACAAUCCCUUUUGUUGACUGGAAAAUGCUCUGAAAUCAACAUUCCAAAUAAAAACAAAAUUAGAUAUGAUACAGUAGAUGAAAGUAAUCAAAUAAAAACAGAGCCACUAGCUGUUGACGUUUCCCAAUUUUCAUCUCAAUGUCCAACUUCAUUUAGAUCUCAUUCUGUACCUACAUUAACCAGCAGCGAAGCCAUUUCUCCAAAAUCAAAUACAUUACCCUUUCCUGUUUCUAUCUCAAAAAAUAAAAAACUGUCUUCCCUUGAAAUAAAACCCAGCGAAUUGUAUGUGUGGGAUUCUGUUUUAAAUGGAUAUAAGAGAGCUUAUGACAGUAUAUUAACAGAGAAUAGUUUUGAAAAUGAGACUAUGCAUGAUGGUAGUGAAAUAGGAGGAAAUGAAGAGUCGAUGGAGACUGUAAUUUCAAAUUUAUGUGAAUUUUUAACUGACAAUGAAAUUGCAAGAACCAAUGCCACCGAGCCUUUGCGCAUUUCCAGAAGUCAACCCAACACACCUGUUGUGUACAAUGAGUGUUCCAACAGCAGCCGAGAUCCAAUUGUUUCUGCACUUCCUCUGAUGUCAGCCUCAAAAUCAUAUCCUUCAACUCCUACAGCUUGCACAUCUCAAAUGGUUGACAUCACCAACUUGUCAGCCAAGAGGAAUAUUAUACCAUUAUUGGAUAACUUGUCAAUUCCUGGUCCUUCAUUUUCUGAUGAUAUAGAACUUCACCUGAAUAACUUGGCUGACCUCUCGGGCUGUGGUGAUACUUUCAAUGAACUGGCUCAAGAAGUAGCCAGUACUACAGAAUUUAAGGAAUUGCAGUAAUAUGACUUAGUCACAAAAAUUUAUAAACAUUAAUUCAUUAUGAGUUUGAACUCCUGUAGAGAAAAUAAAUAGGCUCAACAAAUACAGGGACUUCAGUUAUCAAGGUAAUAAUUAUUCUUUUGUAGCUUCCAGGCUGUGGUUACUAAAACAGUGAUCAAAGUAAUCUGUAUAUUAAAUCAACACUGAGGAUUUGUUGCCUAGAACUCCUAUUUGUUUCUCUUUAUCAGUUUCCCAUUCCAGUACAAAAUUCAGGACUCAUUUUUGUCCUACUGUUUGUGUUAAAAAUAUGGAAAAGUCCUACUUGUUAUACUGCUUUGCUUGCUUUGGCUGUUUAUACUGUUUAACUUUAUUCACAUUAUUGAUAAAGAUGUUCAUUCUUAUUUAUUAGAUGAUUUCAGGAUGAUCAUUGCCUGCAGUUACAAAAGCAACUAAGAUAAAACAUAAUCUCGCUUGUAGUUUUUUAAACAUUUUUUUACAUUCUGCAUUUUUAUAUAAUAUCUUCUUAUGUUUUACAAGUGGCAGUUAUAAGUUUCUAUGUAUAAAUGUUCAGCUAAUACAAAACAAGCUUCCAUCUAUUAUUUUUAGCUUAUUAAAAUAAUCCAAUUUUUAAAUUUUUACAGCAUUGUAAGUUUUUUUAUAUAUGAUGUCCUAUAACAAUUACAUGAUUUUUAUACCCUAAAACUAACAGAACUGUUGAUCAAAUCAGCUGAUAACUUAACUGGCCAUUUGGUACACCUUUGUUUUAAUUUUAUUACAGUACAAACAAAUUAAAGUGUAAAAUAAAUGUAGAUCAUCCACUUGUCUCACAGACAUGUGAAACUAACUGUCCUUUUGCAAUAUUCCCACCUUUGUCUGUCUAAGGUGUGUGGAGAUGAUUCACUACGAAGCUAAAAGUGAAACCAGAUUUAUUCAGAGCAGCGUAAAUUAACCAGACGCAAAUGAUUUGGUGCUAUGUGAUUUUGCACAAAGAAAAGCCGAUUUUAUCUUUUUAACAUAUCAGUUUCCCAUAGCAGUUAUGGUACAGAAGUAUAUUUAAUGAAUCACUUGAUGUUAUGCCACUUUACCCAAUUUGGACUGUGUGUAAAAAUGUUAAGCAGGCACCUUUUUACUAUAUAAUGUAACUGGCAUUCAAUUGAUAAUGUAAUGUAAUCAGAUUGAUAAGUCUUUUGAUGUCACAUACACUUCAAUCAGUAGCCUACAUAUUGCAUAGUGGUUAGCAUACAGUGAUCACUUUGUAUUACAUUUUCACCAGUUUCCGAUGUGUGAUUACUGACUUAGUACUGGAAGUCUGUUAUGCCUCCUUAUUCGUAUUGUGAGACAUUAAUUUGGUCAUAAUAAACUAUAUAUAUAUAAUCCUGAUUGACGAUUAUAUGUUCUCUACUUUAAUAGUCAAUAAUUAUAUGUUAAGGGUUUGUCCCUUAAUUACAUAACGUUAAAAUCUGACUUUACAGACCCUCCCUACCCCCCCCCCCUUGUAAUGGUAACUCUAACCCCUGUCAAUAAUUACGUAAUGUUGCCACCAACACCCUCUCUAAUUUAUAUUAUUCUAAAAAGUGUAAUAUAAUAAAGACAAUUUUAAACUCCAAAGUAAACCGUGAUUUAUUACUAUAAAAUUAGCAUUCCAUUACUGUAGACCAUAGUUUUGAACUGUUUGUUUAUUUUUAACUUAAAAUCUACAAUUGAACUGUUUUUCCUGCCUUCCUUUCUAGUCAUUUUAACUAAAAUCCAAAUGCAACCAUAAUGUAGCAAGACACUCACUACACCAUAUCUAUGCAUAGCACUCACUGUACUGUUACACUUGACUGUAAUGCACAUGCAUUGACGGAUGAUUCGGCAUCUUCUUGCUUGUCGCACCAGUCACUCCUAAUAUUAUAGACCUCUAAGUGAUUCUUUUUUUACCAACUUGCAUAUUUGAAUUUAUAAUGGGUUUAUGACUAGUUUAUCCGUAAUAUGUUGCAAAAUUUUAUCUUCUUCAAAGAAUUUAAACUUUUUUCUGAUUGCUUUUAUUGAGGAUGGGGGGGAUAUAAUAUUAAUCUUUAAUCUUUGGAAGGAAAUAAGCAAAUUUUGUGAACGUAUUCACGGAAUUAAUUUUUGUUGGAGUUAAUUGUUUAGUAGUUAUGUAACACUGCAUCAGACCCCUCUCUCCACCGUAAUGCUGCCAAAACCCUCCCCUCCUGGGGUAUUACGUAAUUCAGGGAUGACCUCUAAGACAAUGACCAAUUAAAAGUUCUAGCUCAUCACUAGUCCUGCAGUUGCUCAGUAAGUAUUUCUCUUUAACGCUAUAACCAAGAAUUAACUUCUUAACCUACUCGUUAGCUUUUUUUAUGCCCAAUAUGAUAAUGUAUACUUACUUUAAUUUAAGCCAAACAUCAAUCCAACGGUGGUGGUGAAAGUUAGAAAAUGAAUACCUAGUCCACAUGUUAGAUUGGAAAAAAAUUAUUUACAUGGCAUAGCCGUAAUCAUUGUUGAACUGAAACUUAAAAAUCAUUGAUCUCAGCUUUUCUAAUGUUACUUUAUAAGGAUGUUGCACAAAAUUGUGAUAAAUAUAUGGAACGGGAAAGGAAAUUACUUUUAAAAUGAAGUGAAUGAAGUGUCAAAUGUGCCUGUGUACUAUCAAAAAAUUAUUGUAUCCAUUUAUUUUGUUUUGUUCUUGGAACUCUAAAUACCAAGCCAGUGCCAUUUUACAGAGUCAUACAUUUUGUUAAGCAAUGUACCGUCUUCUACAUGGGACCUGUAACUGCCUUAGUCUUCUUUUUGGCCACCAGAACAGAAGACAUAAGAUUGCUCUCUCCUAUCAGAAUUAUUAUACAUAUUCUGAUUUAACACUAGAAAAUUCCAGACUAUAUCCUGUGUAUAAUUGAAUCAAUUUGGAACAAAUCCUUAUUUAUCCUUUUUUUUAAUUGUAAAAUAUGUUAUUUAUUUUCUAAACAUAAUGCACCUUACAUGAAUUUUUUUUAUCUUGGUCAAGUAGGUGGUAUUAAGUUUUAAAUGUCAAGUUUUUUAAUGUGUUUAGGAAAAUGUUUUCCCUACGAAUACAACCAAUGUAAUGCUUUUUUUAGAGACUAUUUUUUUAAAAUAUUGUUUACCACUUUUUCUUCCAUUUGAUCAUAGCAUGGAAAAGCUAUGUUCCACAAGAAACAGAAUUUGGAAAAGCCGGAUCAAAUUAAAAGCCAUAAAAUUGAGAAUCUGGAGACAGAUAUAUAGGCUACUGAAGCGAAGAGACUGAGCAGAGAGCUAACCCCCAUUACAGACAGUUGCAAUUGCAAUUUGACUUAUCUCAAUCUAUCAGAUUUAAAGAAUUAUCUGAGUACAGUUUAAUGCCAUCCUCAAGAAAGUCAACAGUUUGUGUUUGUGCUAAACACAGAACUUAGCACAUUUAACAAAGUAAUAAAAAAACUGUCUUUUUAUUAGAAGAUAGAUUUAAAAAUUAUUAGCUACCCUCAAAAUUUCCAAUUUGAGCAUGUGGGCACAUUGAGCCAUGCAUAAAAAAUGUACAUGUUUAUGCCUGAUAAGUACAUUAUGAGUGGUUUUUCUACUCCACACGCUGGAUGAUUUUAAAUUAACCCUGUAGCUCAUAAGACUGAGGACAGGAUGCCUAAGACAAAAUGGAAUAGAAGAGGCAGCUGUUGAAGCUGAGAAUGAAACUGAUUGUCUAUUAGAGGUUGAAACCAAGCAGCUGAAGAGGGAAUUAAGGUUGUAUCAUUAAGGUUAAGAUCGAGUAUUAAGAAGUGGCAAGUGGAGCAGCAGUGUGAUUUAGUUUAUUCAGAAAUCUUAAGAUGAUAGCUGAUAUAGUAGGAAGAACAGACUUACCUUUACCAGAUGGAAGUUGUUCCUCUUCUUAACACAUAGACAUUAAAAUGAAUAUACAAAUGAUAUUUUAUAUCCACUUAGUACUUUAUUAACCACAGCUGUAAGUGACAAAGCAGUGUGUUGGUUAAAUUUGGAGAGGUAUCAACAGAAUCCACAUUAAAUUUGAAGGGGUUUUCAUUAGAAGUUACUUAAUUUGAGCCUGAGGUUAAUAAGAUUGGUUUGCUGAAGUAUGAAGAAUUCUGUUUGAAGACUGAAUAUAUAUAAAUAUAGUUCUUACAAUUUUAUCGAAGAAGUUUGUCGUUUUAUAACAAGAAUUCGCAUAUUUUCUGUGUUGUAUCUAAUGUGAUUUUUAAAAUAUUGUUUUUACAUAGAGAAUCCAUUAUAGAGAAAAUAAUCAGUGCAAUUUAGGGGGUCGAGCAAAGAAGCUAUAGAUUUAUGUAAACCCAUCAUAAUUUUAUUCUGUUUAUUUAGGAAAUGUAUUGCAAUAUCAUUAGUCCAUCUUGAAAGAAUUCUGAUUUCUUAAUGACGUGAUGAUGAUUGUAAUAUUAAAAUAACUAUUUGUUAUUGUUUUGAAACAUACUUUUAACUUACAUAUCUAAUAAACAUAUCUGGGAGGAAAGGUGGCACAAGUGUGGGUCAUAAGUCUAGGUUGUUAAUGAACAGGUUCUGGCGUGCUAUGUAGUUACCACCUAGCACAAGACCUCUUUUUUCAUCACAAUCAGGUCACCCACAUUGAACUAUAUUCUAUAUGGAUGGGAAGGAGAAAUAUUAAAAGAUCUGUUGUCCCUUAAAUAUAAUCACGUAGUUAACAUUUCUUGUUUGUCUAAUGUUUAAUAUACAGAUAUAAAUCUGUAGAAGUUUGUAUAGCAUAUCUACAAGCUAUUUGUUUGCACACUUCCUAGCAGCUUUUGUGUGAAAUAUGAUCAGUUAACAUUUAAAAAGUAUGUAGAAACAAUAUUUUUUAAUUAAAAUAGUGUUUUAUAAUAAUUGUUGGAUUAGCUAAUAGUACACAAUUUUCAGCUCUCAAGAGAAGCUAUAAAAUGUUGGGCAUUUGAAGCUCAUGUUCUGCGUAAAUGAUUUUUCCUAAUUUUAAAUAAAAAAUGUAAUAUCUAUAACAGACUGUUUUCACAGCACACUUCAAAUGAUGUUAUAUACUGUUAGCACCGCUUUAUUGGUGUCCGAAUACAAAGUUUUUCCAGCAAUCCCUUUAUAUACUUAAUGCAGUUUAUUUUUCUUUAUAAUCAAGAAAACAAGCUCAAUGUCAAAAAGAUCAAGAUAACUAACUGUACAUGUGCAGAAAUUGUUGCAGUUUUGUAAGUAAAAAAUUAACAAAUGUUAACCACUGUUUAUGAUAAAAAUUACCUGUAGCUAAAAACAGAUUUUAUAGUAUUACUUAAAUACAGAAUUUAAUAAUUUUUAAGUCUAGUCUUAUAUCCUGUUUUACAUUUUAAGCUGUCCAUAAUAUUUGUUUCACAUUUUGUAUAAUAUAUAUUAUAAAGUAAUUUUACUGUUUUAUUUGUAUAGUUGUGUUAUUUAUUCUGGCACAGAGUUAUUUACAAGUAUCAUAGUUAAUGUUAUAGAUAUAUCUAUUAGUUUUAUAUGGAUAAUUAUCUGUAAUUAUUUCUUGUUGUAUUAAUUUUCUUCUAUCAAUUGCAUUUUUAAAAUAAUUUUAAUGUCUUAGUUUUAAUUAUCAUGCAUUUAACUCACUAAAUAUGUAUAUUUAUGAUACAGUUUGUUUUUUGUUAAUAAAAUUGUAAGAAUCAAACAUUUUGUAUUAAUUAGUUAUAACAAUGUUACCUUAGCUUGUUAACAUGUUUUUCAUGCAUGUUUAACUCAGUGUAGUUAACAUUAUAUCAGUAAAUUACUUUGUAUCCAUUGAAGUUCAGUACAUACAGUCUUCAAUGUUAAUAGUGUAAAAGAGCCUUUUGUGUGUUUUUUUAAUACAUUAAGAAUUUGUUAAAAAUUCAUUUCAAUAUAGCACUUGCUUGAAUAAAUAAAAUGUUUAGUUUACAAAGGUAUGUAACAAUUUUUGUAUUAACAACAGCAAAAUCUUGUUAUAAAUCUCUUAAUAAUCCUAUUAUAAUUAGUAGAAAAUCUCUUGGAGUUUGCAUUUUGAUUUCGUUUAUAAAAUGAUUAAUCAUAAAAAAUGUGAGGAGUUAUAAAAUGUUAGAUAAAAUUUCACAGCUCAUUAAAAUAUGUGAAUCAAACUCAUGCAUUUAUUAUUUAUAGUUGUAUAUUCUUUUAACAUUUAUUAAAAUUUUAGUAAAUAAUGCACUUCUAAAUAUUUGAAUUGAGAAUUAUAAAAGUGAUGUAAUUGUAUUAAAAGAUUUCCUUUUUCAAUGCAUUUUAGUAUAUUUUAGAAGACAAGUAAUCAAAUAAUAAUUUAAUACAAGUAAUCUAACCAUUGAUUGUCCCACAUUACUAUGGUUAUACAAAAAAUUUAAAAACAUUUAAAAUUAUUGAAUGCAGCAAAUGUUGAUAAUAUUGCAAAUAGAUGAUAAUCUAACAUAAAACACAUUUGUCCACUACACAUACAUGGAUAACGUUAAAUCAUUUGUUCAAAGACUUUUAUUUACAGGAAUAAAAAUACAUUUUAAUGUUUGAGCAGUAAAAUAUUAUUUAUAUGUUUAUGUACAACGUUAUAUCCCUCCAUCGUCAGCUAAUGUAAACAUUUAGCUAACCCCUUCCCCUCCUUGUCUUACCUGAACAGUCUGUGCAAUGAUAUACACAUGCAAUUAUUGUUCUUACUGUUGUUCUUUGAUGUGAUUAAUGAUAGUAAUUUAUAUAAUAAUAAUACUGUAGUUGUUUCUAACACUGUUUGAAUCAUUAUAUAAUUUAUUAAUAAAAUUAAGACUUAACAUGUAGUUGUGAUAUUAAAUAAAUAUUUUAUUCAUAAUCAACAAAAAUAAGAUUGAUGCCACAAGCUUGAGUAUUGUAGAUCCAAUAUAAGACUGUUAUUUUUGUAGAAGGAAAUACAUUAACUUUUUGUUAUGAAAGAAAAAGGGUUUUAUGAUGUUAAAGUAAUAAAUCCAUUUUUUACCUUG